AUAAUCUGUACCGCUACUCUGGUUGUUGGACGUGUUGGAGUGUGCUGUUCGUGUUGAGGUAUCUGCCAUGGAAAAGGAAUAUGUUACGUUUGCUUUGGUUUCAGUUUAGCUGCCAUUUACUUAAGCCAAACUGUUGUAGGAGGUGAAGGGAAUCAAUAUGAAGCGCGACGUACGGAUCCUUCUUUUGGGGGAACCCAAAGUGGGGAAAACGUCACUGAUCAUGUCUCUAGUCGGUGAGGAAUUUCCUGAAGAGGUUCCACCUCGGGCAGAGGAGAUCACAAUUCCAGCAGAUGUCACCCCUGAGAGAGUCCCCACACAUAUAGUAGACUUUUCAGAAUCUGAGCAGACAGAGGAGGAACUUCAUGAAGAAAUUUCAAAGUCAAAUGUAGUCUGCUUGGUGUAUGACGUCACUAAAGAAGACACUGUUGAUAAGAAUUCCCAUCAUCCUUGUGGGUAAUAAAUCAGAUCUGCAGAUGGGGAGUUCCAUGGAGAUCAUUCUUCCACUUAUGAACCAGUUUUCUGAGAUCGAAACAUGUGUAGAGUGUUCUGCAAGAAACCUGAAGAACAUUUCAGAGUUAUUUUAUUAUGCACAGAAGGCAGUUCUUCACCCUACUGCACCACUGUAUGACCCAGAAGAGAAACAGUUGAAGCCAUUAUGUGUACGAGCACUUUCACGGAUAUUCAGCAUCUCUGACCAGAAUAAUGAUGGUGUUCUUAGUGAUGAAGAACUUAACUUUUUUCAGAAAUCCUGUUUUGGUAACCCUCUUGCUCCCCGGGCUUUAGAAGAUGUUAAAACAGUAGUAUGGAAAAACACUACCGAUGGAAUUCAAGAGAAUGGCCUGACGUUAAACGGCUUCCUUUUCUUGAAUAUGCUGUUCAUACAGAGAGGGCGGCAUGAGACAACAUGGACCAUUUUACGAAGGUUUGGCUAUGAUGACGAACUGGAGCUUACUGAUGACUAUCUUUACCCACAAUUCCGAGUAUGCCAUGACUGCACAACAGAAAUUAAUCACUUUGGCUACCAGUUUCUUCAGAAGAUCUUUGAAAAGUAUGAUAUGGAUGGAGAUGGUGCUUUGUCUCCCUUAGAACUCAAGAAUCUCUUCACUGUGUUUCCCUAUACCCCCUGGGGCCCAGAGGUAUAUAAUGCAGUCUGUACCAAUGAGAAGGGCUACAUCACUUUACAUGGGUAUCUUUCCAAGUGGACAUUAAUGGCCUACUUAGAUGUUCAUCGAUGUAUGGAACACUUGGGUUACUUGGGUUACCCUAUAAUUAUGGGACAGGAUUCCCAGACUACAGCAAUCACAGUUACUCGGGAAAAGAAACUUGAUCUGGAAAAAGGACAGACCCAAAGAAAUGUCUUCCUCUGUAAAGUCAUAGGACCUCGAGGCACAGGAAAGUCUGCUUUUAUGCAGGCCUUCUUGGGGCAAAAUUUAGAAAAACAAAAACAAGUUGCUGGGGAAUACUCCUACUAUGCCAUUAACACAGUCCAAGUGAAUGGGCAAGAGAAAUACUUAAUUCUAUAUGAAGUUGAUGUAGAUACAGAAUUUCUGAAAACAUCUGAUGCUACCUGUGAUGUGGCAUGUCUGAUGUAUGACAACAGUGAUCCCAAAUCCUUUAAUUAUUGUGCUAGUAUUUUUAAGCAACAUUAUAUGGACAGCAGAGUCCCUUGUAUAUUGGUUGCAUCAAAAUCUGACUUGCCUGAGCAGAAGCAGAAACAUGGAAUAUCACCGUCAGACUUCUGUUACAAGCACCGAUUACCACCACCUUUCCAUUUCACCUGCAACACCUUGGAGUCUCCUAAUGCCACUAUUUACACAAAGCUGGCCCUUGCUGCCAUAUUUCCGCAUUUGAAUGAAGCAGAGAUUAGCACAGCUUCCUUUUGGCUGCGAAUUACAUUGGGUGCUACAGUGGCAGCAGUAUUGGGAUUUACACUCUAUAGGAUCCUAGUAAAACAGAAAUAAUAAACAGGCAUCCAUUUUGGAGUGAUUCUUUAGUUCCUUGAUUGCUGGACAGAAGCAGGAAUUGAAGACAGGAUACUAAGAAACUCUGUCUGCAGAGAUUCAUAUUUAAAAUGUGGCAGAACACAUUGGGUUCUUCAAUGUGUACCCAUCUGAGCUGGAAAGCACUGCAUGGCCAAGAGGAAAAUGAUCCCUAAGUAUUUCAGCUUUGUGAACUGCAGCUUGUUACUGCCAUUCUCUGAAGUCAAGCAGUGGAAAGUGUGAAUGUUACCUUUUCUUAUUUCAGUGAGAAGACAUUGCACUUAAUGAAAUUUUCACCCAAGGAAUAUGAAUAAUGCGGAAAAUCCAUCUCGUUCUUUUAGCAUUCAGAUCACUGCCACUUUGUGAUCUUCCAGAGAAGAAAGACUUAUCUCUGUUGUGGUGAAUACCUCAACAAGAUGCACAUAGUUUUUCAUGUCCCAGGAAUUAGGUUUUAUGUAGCCAGCACCUCAAGGAUUUCAUUUUGAGACUUUGUGUUUGGGAGCAUCUAAUGCAAAAAUCUUUAGUAAUUUUUUUUACUUCAGGGGAAAGACAUUGCUGCAUGCAGUCUUGCCUGUGUGUUUAACUCAAAAUUUAACAGCAAUAAGAAUUGCAGGCCUGAUACUUCUUUAAUUUCCCAGAUGCUGCAAAUAAAUAUCUGACUAUUUUUACAAAA